AUGUCUUCGACCCAGCAAGGAUCCGCUGCUCUCAAGGAGAAUGCCGAGGCCGAUGUUUCCCUGGAACCGGUUCCAACUCCCUGGGUUACUCCGCCUCCUCCGCCCAACGGUGGCGUCGCAGCCUGGAUGGGCGUCUUUGCCGGCUUUAUACUAUUCGUCACCACUUGGGGCUUCUCGACUGCCUACGGGGCCUUUCAGCAGUACUAUCAGACCAAUCUGCUGCGCGACAGCUCGUCGUCGCGCCUAUCAUGGAUCGGCACGGUCAAUGCCUUCUUCCUCAUCUCCACGGGGGUCAUUGCGGGCCCGCUGUUUGACCGAGGGUUCCUCGUUCAUGUCAUGACGGCAGGGUGCUUUCUGACCACGUUGGGCCUGAUGAUGCUGAGUCUCUCGCAUGAGUACUACCAGGUCUUGCUCUCCCAGGGAUUCUGCUGCGGCAUCGGGAGUGGCCUGAUCUACGUGCCGGCCCUCUCUCUGGUGUCCACCAGCUUCACGACCCGGCGAGGCAUCGCCGUGGGCAUGGUGACCACCGGCGCUAGUAUUGGCGGCGUUCUCUUCCCCGUCAUAUUCAUCCGCUUGCAACCGCGUAUCGGCUUCCCAUGGACCGUUCGUGUCAUGGGCUUCAUCCAGCUGGCUUGCUCGUGUAUAGCGGUGCCACUGCUGAUGGUGACCACCCAGCCUAAGCGGUCGUCUCCGCGCCAGCUGAUUCACUGGCACGCGCUGCGCGAGUGGCACUUUGACGCCUACGCGAUCGCCAAUUUCCUCGUGUUCAUGGCGUACUUCAUUCCCCUCUUCUACGUGCCCUUCUUCGCAACUCAGGCCCUCCACACCUCGUCCGAUCUCAGCUUCUACCUGGUUUCCGUGCUGAAUGCGGGCUCCGCCAUCGGGCGUCUAGGCUCGGCCAUGCUCACCAGGUGGUUCCCGCCGGCGCUGAUUCUCCUGACGAGCGUGGUCGCGUCGGCGGCGCUGUUGUUCGGAUGGGUGGGCAUCACGUCGCUGGCCUCGUUCAUCGUCUUCUGCGUUCUGUUUGGCAUUUUCUCCGGGGUGCUGAUCUCCGCGAAUCCGCUCCUCAUCGCCCAUCCGGUGGUCUCGCCCACCCCGGCUGUGAUCGGGACCCGCAUGGGCAUGCAGUGGUUUGCCACGAGCGUAGGGGUGCUGAUUGGGGCACCCAUCGCGGGCGUUCUCAACGGCCACGACGGUGGAAAUGGCUACUUCGGGCUGCAGGUCUUCAGUGCAGCGAUCAUGGCCGCGGGGGCCAUGUUCCUCCUGGUGCCCAUCUUUGCGGCGUGGCGAUAUGAUCGGAGUCGGAAGGACUCGCGAUGA